AUGGCUCAGGAGACCAAUCAGACGCAGGUGCCAAUGCUUUGCACUAUGGGAUGUGGUUUCUAUGGUAACCCCCGCACCAACGGCAUGUGCUCGGUCUGCUACAAGGAACACCUGCAGAGACAACAGGGAGGGGGGCGAUCCAGCCCCCCGGGAGAGAAAGCUGCUACAUCACCGGCAGGAUCACCAGGGUCAGCUGGUGUGACUGUGGAGAGUGCAACCUCAGAACCCAGUACAGAGGUGGCGGGGACUCCACCUGAGGAACAAACGACCAGUCCCAGCUCCCCCAGUCCAGUAACUCAACAGAUGACAGCCAUGAGCAUCUCCCAGGAUUCAGGAGCUGUAGACUCUGAUCGAGCAGAGGCUGAGGAGGGAGAGGAGGAGGGUACUUCCAACAGCACAGAGCCAGUGGGGGAAGCAGCACAGGCUUUGUCUGAUAAUGACCAAACUCCCGAUAAAAACAAGAAAAAGAACCGCUGCUUUGCUUGCCGGAAGAAAGUGGGCCUUACUGGUUUUGACUGUCGCUGCGGCAACCUGUUUUGUGCCAUUCACCGUUACUCUGACAAACACGACUGUCCCUAUGAUUACCGGAGUGCAGCUGCUGCCCGCAUACGCAAGGAGAACCCCAUCGUGGUGGCUGAGAAAAUUCAGAAGUUAUGAGGACUGAGUGCAAAAAAAGUCUCUGACUUUGUGAAUUUGAACAAUGGCGACUUGGAUGAAAACACCUGAUAUCAUGGCUUCAUUUGUUCAUGGUAGUCUAAGACGGGCGGGGUGGGAUGGUGAGGUCGCAGCCACUGUCCAGACGCUUCCCUUACUAGCAUCUCCCUCUCUCUCCACUAGUGACUGCGGCUGAACCUGAGUGUUUCUGUGUGUGUGUGUGUGUGUGUGCGCGCGUUUGUAUGAAAGUGUGUGUGUGCACAUUUGCUUGAGAGUCGGGGAGAGAGCCAUAGGGGCUUGGUGGACAUUAGUGUUGCUGUGGGGAGGGAAGGCAUUUGAUUUUACCCCUUUUUGUUUCUCAACUUGGGGGAUCGUGUGAGUUUAUUUUUAUACAAUCCCUCUAAGGUAGUUGAAAUGAGGCGGGGGUAAGCUGUUAAAGAAUGUGUCACAGCCUGGAUAAUGACACAGAGCUCAAUUAAGGUCUAGCAAGUUUUUAAAAAAAUAACCUAACUGGGAGAUUUUGUGUAUCAGCAAGACCUUUUAAGGGCUUUCAAAUAUAAUUGUUUUCUCCCAGAUUGAAAAUGAUGUCAACUUCUUGUCAAAUUGGCAUUUUUUUUCUUCCCAACUCUUUACUCUAUGGGUCACCACAUGUUGAACUCCCAAGUCGCAGCAUUUUCCAGAAAUGUUUCUCUUUGAUAUAUUGACUUAUCAUACUGAUAUUGGGUGCAUGAACAGUUAAUGAAGGGGGAAGGUAGGGGGAGGGCAAGGGUAGGGUAAACUGAGAACCUUGACUUAACUGAGUGAUUGAAUUCUGUGUUUUUAUUUUAUUUCAUUUUUUUUUUCUGUUUUAAUGAGCGUAUGACAUCAGAAGAUCUAUAUUAAUAUAUUGUAGUUAGCUUGAAUUGUGUGAUUGCAUUCUAUUUAUUUUUUAUCGUUUGGUUGGUCUGUGCUGGAGGAUUGGCAGCAUGUGUCUGCAAAUCAUUAAGAUUUGCACUUAACCUUUUCAAUUAUAUUUAAGUAAUUCCAUCUUGAUUAUAUAACUAUUGAAUAAAAAAUACACAAGCUCUGACAUUAUGGAGUAGAGUCCAGUUAAGCCCUUACAACUACAGUUGUGCAGUAAAAUGUCCAUUGUUUUGGAUUUAGUAACAAAGCACAACAGAGUGUGUCAACUGCAGAGCACAAACUAAUGUGCCACCCCUACUCAGUUUUGUUCAGCAUCUGGGUCAUUUGCAGUUUAUAGUUUGAUCUGUGCAGCAGGCUCGCUGAAGAAUUAGCCUUCCUGUUCAGUUGAUGAGACGUUCUGUUUUAGUGCGGCGGCGUGUUCUUCUUGAAUGCCCUUUUCUGUUCCAUGGAGUCAGAGUGAAGCUCCAUGUUUCUCUAACCACCAGCAGACCACUGACACAUGCUGAAUGAAAACUGACCUGGGUUCGCAGUUCCUCUACACAUUGAUAACCUUCUGCUCAGCUAAAGUAAAGAUUGUUGCAAUGCUGCAGAGUUGCGUGCUGCGCUUUUACGACGUGCUCAGAUUCAGACGAGUCCUUACUAGGAAGAGCGCUUCUAGCUAGCUUCUUCUAGGAAGAUCAAAUUUACAUGCAUGUGUGCAGUUCGAGCAUACAAGUUACUGUUUUGUAACUGACUGCACCGUUUGAAAUGAAGCUGGAAUGUUUAAAAAGCCACACAGCAGUAGCACAAUGCAUGGCUGAAACCCUAAGGUUCAAGUUAACAGGACUCUACAGUUUUUUGUUUUUUUUCCUCCAAAUGUAAAUACCAUAUGGCUCCUAUUCAUAUAGUAUAAUCUUAAUGUAGAUUUUUGCCAGAUAAUAAAGGUGGGGGACUAAGGUGAAGAAUAGUACUAUGUGUAUAAAAGUGCUUUUCAUAAUUAUCCCCCAAAAAAAGAAUGUGUCAGAAAUGGCACUCAUUUUUUAUUUUUUUUCUCCAUCUUGUUCCCCUUUUUAUUUACAAGUUAUUUACCACCAUCAUCUGCCCAUGUAAUGUAUUAAGUAUGCUCAGUAACUGGCUCUACCAUGAGUGUCUCCUACAGGCUUCUAUUCUACAAUACUAGUCAGAUUGUUAACAACCCCCUGUUAGCUUUAUUAACCUCGCUGAAUUACACAGUCCAUGCUUUUAUCCUGUUACUGAAGUCUAUUCAUAGUAUAGUGAUAUUACUGGAAGUUAAAAAAGGCCCCUUAUGAGAUGUAGAGGGACAUUUGUGGUAUUGUCUUUUCAUUAUCAAAAGCUUUCCUAGUAAAUGCUGGUUGAUCUUGAUCAUUAAAUAUUUAUGAAGGAGCUGUAGAGAAGUUGCUGGGAUUUAUGGGCGUAUGCAUUCUCAAAAUAAGCCAACAUGGAAUGCUUUGGAAGUGAAUGACACUUUUUUCCUUGUAUACACAGAACAUCAUGUUGGACCUGGUCAACUUUAGUUCGGACCCCUUUCAUUGGAAAAUUGGCCUUCAUCAGAAUUCCUGUUUUAAGUCCUAGUGGUGAUGAUGGACAGGUCUAAUUAGUCUUGUGAUUUGGCAUGCCAACAGCAAGACUGUUGACCAUGAAUGAGUUGAUCAUCUAAAGCCCCUGCUGUGAUUUAAUCACCACUAGUGGAAAAUUGAAAUUCAGAAGGAGUUAAUGGGGAUUAUUGAGUGACUAUUACAUACAAGUAAAUUAAUAAUUGUCCUAUUUAAGGGGAAAUUGUGUUUGGAGCAGCUCUGCAGUUUGAUGCUCCCUAAAGUGUAUCUUAUAUAUUCAGAAUAUUCAAGCUCGCCUGCUGGGUUGACCAUUACAAAAUAGUGUCACCUACAAAAGAUUGGGUUUUCUUUUCCAAAUUGAAAGACCUUUCAGAGAAAAAGUCCUGUACUUGGGAUGAUUGUUCAGCUAUGUAAAUCUUGAGGAUCUCAUGAUUUACGCUUGCUGUUUUCUAUUGACUGCUCAUAUCAAACCCCACCCCCUGUUUUCUUAAUGAACAUGAGCAGUUUGAAUGUAAAUCGCCAGAAUUCACAUCAGCUGUAAUGUCAUUUAUCAGACUACUUCACCCUGAUAUUGACUGACUGUGGGCAGACGUUGCAGGCCCAAUUUUCUUACAUGUGAUUUGGGACCGUUGGAUCACUAAAAUUGUUUUGACUGACACCAGCAAUUAGGGCAACCAUACCUGAAUAAUCUAGAUAUUAUCAGUACAUAAACCUUUUUCUUCCGUCUGUUCUGUUGCUUUGAUAGAGUUUUAAUGUCUUCAAUCUAGUCUUUAGCACAACCUUUCAUAAUCAGUGUCUUCAUCAUGCGAGGGUUUUGAUUGAUAAUAAUGAUGGACCUGUCAGUUGUGAUGAAUCUGGUUGAAAUUCAGUUUCACUGCAGAAGUAAAGACAAAUGACUUGAUUCAUUCUGUCUUUCAAGAUGAGCUUGAGGGACAUCAAAUGAAAUCUACAAUGUUCACAGAGCUGUAGUUCUUGUCCCUUGGCACUCCAGUCCCCCAGAAACACCACCAGAUAUCUUUUUAUUUUGUUUUUCUUUCAAGAUUUAGGAUUGUAUGAUGUGUAAGAGUAAGUAUAAAACAAUAAAUUCACAAAGUUUAUUUUAAAUUA